ACGCUCCAGCCUUCACCCCAACAAAUCCUAGAGUAAGGUUGCCAUCCCAAAAAUCUCUUUUUAACUCUACCAUCACAACGGGCUAGAAUCAUCGUCUCUGCUUGUUUUCCAUCGAAGUGUUCCAUCUCUUCCCAUGGAAACUCCUAGCCUGAACCCAUAGCCCCCGCCAUCACCGGCGUAGAAUGGAUCAGAGCUUAACAGUAAGAAAAGGAAAACAAAGUCCGACCAGUGACUGAACUGCUGCAUUGUUCAAAUCUUCAAGGACAUGAUAUCAUGACUUUCCACAAGCAGAGAUUUAAUUUUAAUGGCGGGAGCGGCGAGCAAGGUGGUGUUCGAGGAUUAUUUUCCGGCGAUGGUGGAGAAGAUGGGGGCGGAGGGGUUCAUGAAGGAGCUGUGCAAGGGGUUUCGCCUGCUGAUGGACGGCGACAAGGAGGUGAUCACCUUCGAGAGCCUGAAGCGUAACUCGGCGGUGCUGGGGAUGGAGGGCACCACCGAGGACCAGCUCCGGUGCAUGCUCCGGGAAGGCGACCUGGACGGCGACGGCGCUCUCUCCCAGAUGGAGUUCUGCAUUCUCAUGCUCCGGCUGAGCCCCGGGUUGAUGGACGGCUCCAGGAAGUGGUUGGAAGAAGCUCUCUCCAGUGCUUAAUUAAUUGGCCAGCUCUGUGUUCUUUACUUUUAUUUUUUUGUUCUGGUAAUUGGGAGUAUUUCUAUCUCCUUCAAUCUCCGGCUCGAUUUAAUUUAAUCUUCUGUGAUGAAUUGCAUCUCGCUUUGAUUAUUUCGGUAUAUGAUUUCCAGGACCGGCUUUUUACAA